AUGCCUAUUAAAAGAAACCGCUGCGGAAGGGCUAUGUGCCAGUUUCCAGUGGAUGAGGGAAUGCAGUGUGAUAACUGCAAGAGAUGGUUUCACAGUAUGUGCACGAACCUUACUCCAGCAGCAUACAAACGCUGCUGCAAACCUCUAGCGAACUGGUUAUGCAAUGACUGCUGUAGUACAACUAAACUCCGUAUUACAGAGGCCAUAGCUACUCUUAGUGGGGCUUUAAAGCUCAUGGACUGCAAGCGUCCUCCACCACAGAAGAAUACCGACUAUUGCUCAGAUAGCGAUGACGUGGCUAGCGUCAUUGACAAAACAGCACAUGUCCCAGAUGCGACCUUGCCAAUAAGUGAGUGCUCUACAGCACAGAAGAACACCCACCAUAUCACAGACACCCAGGUCGCCCCCACGAUACUGGAUGAGCCCUCCAGUGACGGUAAUGGAAAGACUGCCGUGAAGAAGAGGCGUACUAGGGGUCGAAAACCUGCAGCCCCAGUCGCCCAGGGACUGGCGGAACAAGCCUCAUCCACACCGGUGAGCAGCAGACAGACGAACCCCACUAAGAUUAGCGAGGAGGACGCCAAUGAAUGGCGCACCGUAGUCUCUCGCAAAAAGCGAGAUAAGGAUAACACUUCGGCCACACCGCCCAAGAAGGAUAGAAACACACUUACGCCUCAGGGCAAGAAAGUAACGGAAAGCAAACCCGAUCUCUCUGAUAGGUCUCUCAUUCUCCACAAAGUGGAGGAGUCACUGGCUCUCGACCCUAAGACCAGAUUCGAGCAUGACCUUAACUUGGUCAAGCCCCUUUUAGACAAGCUACUGCCACAAACAGUAUCAGGCAUUACUAUACACAGCGUAUACAGAAUAGGUCAAAAGCCUGACCCUACAGUAAGUGAACCUGUACGUCUCCUCAAAGUCGUACUAAACUCUAAAGCGGAGAGGGACGCUAUUCUAAGCAACUCUCAUAUUCUCAAAGGAUCAGGGAUAUAUGUCCGCGCUGACUUAAGCCUGGCAGAUCGUGUCAAAAGACAGGCUGCGGCACUAGAAUUAAGUGAGCGACGCCGGAACGGUGAAAAGAACCUUAAGAUUAAGGGUUUUCGGGUUGUCCGAGUUCGCAGUUUAAUGAUCCCGAAACCUCUGUGGGUGGGCCGGGGAAGCACCAAUCUGAAUUAA